GAAGUAAUCCAUUCAAAAAUGUCAGUGCAUUUCCUUCUACAAACAUUUCCUGUACAAGCCAUGACCAAUCUACAGGAGUGAUAGAAUAGUCCUCUGGGCAUUUUUCUUUCUUUUUAUUGGCUUUAAUUUGCACCAGAAACCUCACUGAAGACACCUUGAUCACACUUCUCUCUGGUUUCUUAAUAGAACUUUAGGCAUCAUUUACAGAGCUUCGUUCACUAGCUCCAUCAUAAUCGUUUAUUUGAUAACCAACCUUGCAUUAACUAGUCUCAAGGAUGGUGUCUCUCCAGAACUUGCCUCAUACAAAAACAGUUCUUUCUGUGGUAGCUUCUCUUGCAGCUUCAGCAGUGCUGAUUCCAACAGUUGCCAAUCUUCGCAUGUUUCCUCAUCUUUUCCGUCCUCAAUUCACUCUUGUUAUAGAAGAAUAUGGACCGGAUUACUACUGUGAUGAGUUGUUUUUGGCUGCUGAGGCUUAUCUGGGAACUAAAUCGGCUCCAUCAAUUCGAAGAAUAAAGGCAUGCAAGAAGGAGAGAGAGAGAGAACCAGCGAUUUCCCUGGACAGAGACCAAGAAAUUCUUGAUGUUUUUGAAAAUAUUGAAGUAAAGUGGAGGAUGGUUAUUAGAGAAAACUCUGAAGUUAGAAAUUAUACCUUAGUAGCACGACUAAGAUCCUAUGAGCUGGUUUUUCACAAGAAGCACAAAGAGAAGGUCCUGAGCUCUUACCUGCCGUUCAUUUUACGGCAGGCGAAGGCCAUUCAGGAGGAAAACAAGGUAAGGCAGCUCAACAGUCUUGGAGGUUUAUCUUGGUUAACAUCAACCAAAAUAGAUCAUCCGAUGACCUUUGAGACCAUUGCAAUGGAUGAGAGGCUCAAGGAAGAAAUAAUAGGUGAUCUGAACACCUUCGUGAAGUCAAAGGAAUAUUACAGAAAAAUCGGGAAAGCUCGGAAACGUGGAUACCUGAUACACGGUCCUCCUGGAACAGGAAAGUCGAGCUUGAUCGCCGCCAUGGCUAAUCACUUGAACUACAGUAUCCAUGACUUGGAUCUACAGGAACAUAAUUUCCUUACAAGUUACGAUAUUAGGUCAGUGUUGCUUCACCAUUUAGACAAAACUAUACUUGUCAUCAAAGAUAUUGAUUCCACUGUCACAGUAUCAUGCCGAAGGCGGAGAUUUGAGCCAAGGAAGGUGGUUGAGGUUCAAAAACAGGCUAUGCUCUUAAGGCUACUGCAGUUUAUUGAUGGACUUUGGCUGCCUCGCGUCAAUGAACUCAUCAUUGUUGUCACAACUAGCGAGAACGAGAUGCUCGACCCAGCUUUGCUAGUUCCUGGUCGCCUGGACAUGCAUAUUCACAUGCCAUACUGUACCUUUCCUGCAUUCAAGCUAUUAGCACACAGAUAUUUCGGUUUCUAUGACUUGAAGCUCUUCGAAGAGAUUCAAGGGAUUCUAGAGACGGUUGAAGUAACCCAUGCAGAAAUUGUACGAGAGCUAACAAAGAGCCCUGACUCCUUCCAGGGCGUUGCCGAAUUCAUCCGUACGAAGAAGCUGGAGAAAGAUGAGAAACUAAGGUUGCAGAGAAAUCAGAGGAGAGAGGAAGAGCAUCAAGAGGAGAGGUUCUUAUAGCCUAUAGAUUUUGAUUUUAGAUCGUAUAUAAGAUUAUGAAAAUCAUUCCCAAAAAAUACAGUACAACAUCAUUAAUUUUGUA